UAUAUGUUGUAUAUAUUGUUGAUAUAGUACGUGUUUCUAAUAUAUUAUUAAUAUAUUGUUGGUAUCGUAUGUGUUUAUAAUAUAGUGUUGGUUCAGUACGUAUGUAUUAACUAUUAUUAAUAUGUUAUUGGAAUAUCACUUGUUUAUCGUACAUUAUUAAUGUCUGGUUUCCGUUAUUCUGUCCGACGCGCUAAACCGGAAGGAGAAACACGUAUUUGACGUUGCUAGGAUACGGGAGGGAGCCAAACAGGAAAUGAUUCAACUUCAUUGAACGGGCAGUUUCUGCAUUUUGCUCAAUUUGUUAUUCGGCAAAAUAAAAUGAAAGAUGGAUCCGGAAUGGAAGGUACCACAUGCCCUGAAAGCUAAAGUGAUGCUAUGGUCAGAUGUCAGCUACCAUGGCAUGGAGGAGAUCGACAAGAUGCAGUGCCUUCCUGAUCUGGAGAGGUUGCUGUCCCUUUCUGACCAGAAGCACUUCUCUUUGAACACAAUGAGACACGAUGUUCACCGUGCUGUUCUCUGCGGCGGCAGCGCUCUCUGCAGCGUGCUGGAGGUCCAGCUCCCGGAACCCCGGAGAGGAGUCCUGCUGGAGAUGUAUGUCCACACUGUGGGUUUUUGCAGAGAGAGCAACUUUAAAAAGGAACAAACCUCGGCUCUCUUGUCCAUCCUCAGAUCCAUCCACGAGGCCAACAUAGGAACUCCACUCAACAACAUCGAGCAGUGUUCCACAUACUGCACAGAUCUAGUCCUCUGUCACUCCGUCAGGCGGCCCCCCUUCAGUAUCAACCUCUUCAGCUCGGAGGAGGUGGCAUGUAUAUUAAAGUACAUCCAUAACAGCUACCUGAGACACUACAAACUAUACAAAUAUAUUUUCACACCACAGGUAAAGCUGGAUUUAUCUCUGACUUACUCUGGGACCCCAGACCAGGAUGAACCCCCCAUGGAGGAUUCAUCUGAUCCAGCAGACAUUGAAAAUGUGUUGGAAAAAGAAACAGAAGCAGCAGCGACAACAGACAGCUCUCCUCAAACACAAGAGGAAUCCAUCGAAGACCCAGAGGCCGCCACAGCCGAUUUAAAAUCAGAACUAAAGGCACUGAUUGAGAAAGAAGUCCGAGAGCAGAUGGCGCUGGUGUGUGGACAGCUGGAGCAGCGGAUGAAAGGCAUUGCAGAGUCUCCGCCCCACAAGGCCAACAGAACCGGGGCCAAGAAACAGUGAUUUCAAACAAGAGCUCACACAGAAUCUGACAAAUCAAGCUCAAACAUUAGUUUUAUGAUCAAUAACACGUUCUUUUUUCAUAUACAUGAUAUCAAUAUAUAUUCUGCAUUUGUUCAAUUACUAUUACUGAGAGGCACUUUCUGAUAAAGUUAUUAAACUAAAGAAUGAACCGA